UUCAGUGCCCAUAGACCGCGAGGAGACCUGUCUAUAUCCCGCGCUGUGCACGUCCUUUUUACCCCCGUUUGAAUAAGUCACCCCCUUCGUGACGCUGCAAAAAUAGGGCACGGCACCAUUUAAAGGGCCGAUGAACCAAUCCGAUCACCACCACCUGGUGUCACUCCCUAGUAGCCACUCACUUGGUCAGUCCCGCUCCACGCACGCAGAGACAUGGGCAACACCGGGUGGAGGCGCUCCAAGAACGACGUCGUCACCGAGGCGGCGGCGUCGAGGCGCGCGGUCGCCAAGCCGCGCAAGCAGCGGCGGGAUGACGACUCCGCCGAUGAGGAGGAACAAACGACGCGCGCGUGGCGACGUCGUCGUUCCGGAGGAGUACUUUCGCGUGCGGGUGGCGGCGACGGCGCGGCCCUGGCCGCGGUCGGCACGGUGGUGACGGUGAAGGUCGUGAUGAGGAGGAAGGACGCGGAGAAGCUGGCGGCGAGGCUGAACGCGCGGGAGCGCAAGGCCAGGAUGGCCGAGCUCAAGGGCGAGCUCCGGGCCGGCGGGGACGGCGGCGGCGCGUGCUGGAGUCCGCAGCUGGCGCCGAUAAAGGAGAACUAGUUAGCUUCAGCGCACACACCGGUGGUGUGACACGACUAGUUUGAGCGCCGGAGGUUGCUUAGAAGUCAGAAGUACAGCAGGAGUAGUAACCAACUUGUAGCUAGUGUCUGUCCUAGUUGCCGUUUCGGUUGAGGAGUGUAUGGUUUGAUCGGUUGGUCACCCGGCCAUGUGUCUGUACAUAGUGGAAAAAAGGUGGCAACUUGUUGGAUCACCGUAGAUAUUAUUGUCCACCUUCACUAUGUUCAUAUCCAUGUAUCCCUCGUUCCUUCUUCGAACCAAGCCGCUGGAUUGCAUC